CUUUCACAAUUAUCUAACGAUGAAAUUGCAUUGAUAAAUUGUGUGAUAACAGUUAACGCCGACAAUGUAAAACUUAUGUUACAAAGAAUAUUUAGGCUUCAAAAUCUAGUUACGCAAUAAUUAUACACUAUUCAUAAUAUUAGAAACAACAAUAAUUAUAAUCAAUGAAUUUUCAUGCUUAGUCACUGAUACUUUAUUCAUCGUUCGGAUUAAACACUAACGUUAGUAUAAUUCUCUUCACAUUCACGUACUGAGCAUAUAGUCACGUUUCGUUGAUCUACCAAUCAUUUUUUUCUGUCAUGAGUCAUUUCUUUCAAAAACAGAGUAUAAAAAUGAUGCGAAAUUUGUUGAAGCAUCACUUGUGUUGCAAUAUGCAAUUGUCAAUUGUCAAGGUUUUAUUUAUCUUAAGUUUGGUGCAAGUGUUCAGUAUAAUUACACUCGAUUCCGGAGAAAGUGGGCGGAAUACUUACUUCAAUAAAACUGCAUUAGACAUCGUGCUAGCCAAUGUGUCAAAACUAACUACGAGGGUGCCUUACUUCAAUAAAACUGCAUUAGACAUCGUGCUAGCCAAUGUGUCAAGACACAGACUAACUACGAGAGCGCCUUACUUCAAUAAAACUGCAUUAAACAUCGUGCUAGCCAAUGUGUCAACUCGCCAUAGGCAUUAG